AUGCAGCACACUAUAGCUGUUUUCAGAGAAAAACGAAAUAAGCUUUUAGAGUUAUUCAAUAACAGACCAAUCUUACUGGCACGAAAAAAAAGGAAGAAAAGACAAUUUUGGAUUCGUCCUGGAAGGAUGCCAUUAUGGUGGGAAAAUUUGAAAAAUAAUAUUGCUGUCAUUGAAGAAUGGCAAGAAAAUUUCCGGAUGUCCCAGCCUAUUUUCAAGAAGUUGUGUGAAGAACUUAGACCUUAUCUGACAAAAAAGGAAACAAAUAUGAGGAAGCCAUUGGACGUCGAGACUCAAAUCGCAAUAACACUGUACUACUUGGCUGAUGAAGGGCGAUAUCGAAAGGUUGCAAAUGCUUUUGGUAUAGCACGUUGUACCGUUUCUCGCACCGUAUGAAGGGUAUGCAAAGCAAUUUCAACAAAGCUUGGACCACUUUAUAUAAGACUUCCAUCGAUGCCACAACAGGUAAUACUAUAAUCAUUAGAAUAUGUUUGCAUUAUGACAGGAUAAUUGGGUCACAGCAUUUUUUCUAUUCAGGUUGAAGAAUUAGUUUCUGGUUACUUGAGAUUUCAUGGAUUUCCUCAAUGCAUUGGAGCAGUUGAUGGAACCCAUGUACAAAUAAUACAGCCAAAUGAAAAUUACACAGACUUACCUAAACAGGAAGGGGAAAUAUUCAAUAAAUGUUCAAGGACUUUGUGAUUACAAGUACUGCUUCACUGAUGUUGUAGUCAAAUGGCCUGGGGCUGUUCACGACGCCUCGAAUCUUUGCUAACUCUAGUUUGAGCAAAAAAAUGUGUGAGAAUAUAAUACCUAGUUGUCCCAAAAUGAUUGUGGAAGGAGAGGAUGCUGUUCCCGUCUGUAUACUUGGUGACCCUGCCUAUCCCCUUCUUCCAUACGUCAUGAAAGAAUUCCCAGCUGGAGGAUCUAAUAUUAGUGAACAAUUCUUUGGUUAUCGAUUGUCAUCUGCUCGAAUGACAAUAGAAUGUGCUUUUGGUCAACUAAAAGGUAGAUUUGGUUCACUACGUCGACCUAUGGAUAUCAAACUUAUUCAUUCUUGUUUCGUACUACACAAUAUUUGUGAGCUGAACAAAGAACAAGUGCAUGAUGGCCUCAUACAAACAGCAAUCACAUCAGAAAGACAACAUCAGCCACCAUGUGCUGCAAAUAGAUGCACUACUGGAAACAAUGAGGCAGCUGGAAAAAAAGUACGAGACAUUUAUGUUAAGUAUUUUGACUAA